CCACACCAUAGAAAAUGCCAGAUCGUUUCUCAUCCUCAGCCACCUCGCCGGAGAACCCCGCCAGCUCAAUCCGAUGAACCUCAAAAUGGAAGAGCCACCACCACCGUGGGAUGAGAGGCUCCACCACACCAUAACCCACAUCCUAACCAGCCCGACCACCGCGCCGCCGCUCCACUCCCAAUUCCUCAUCGCCCAGCAGUUCCCCUGCUACCUCAACUGGGACUACCCUCCAAUCCUCUGCCGCCACCACGACGUCGACACCGCCGGCCGAAGCUUCCCUUCGCUCCUCCAGCGGUGGGGAUUCUCCCAGUUCCUGAAAAGGGCCUCGCGAUUCGGGCUCCCGGAGACCUCGUGGCGGAGCAAGUGCCCCUACCAGCAGCCGCCGCCGCUGGUUCUGGCGAGAGGGUUGGAGGAGGCGCGGUGGGGCGACGAGGAGAAGAGGGAGUAUUUCAGGAAGAGGCUGCGGAGGAAGAAGCUUUUCAAUAACAUUCACCCUCUGAUUCCUGCUGUUGUUCCCAAUUUGUGUCUGCUGUCGUUCUUGCUCUGGAACCCAUUUCCCGAUGAAGAAUGGUAGAUGAUGAACGGAGAAUCGUAGUCGUGUUUUGAUGUCGGGAUUUUUUUCCGGUUGUAAUAGUAGUUUGUGAAAUUUGUGAUUGGUCGGGUUAGAGAAGGAAAAAAAAUGUACUAUACACUUCCUGUUGGGCUGGGCUUGAUUCGAGGGCUGGGCUUCACGUAGUAACAAGCCCAUUGAAAUUUGUAUUACUAGGGGUAGGUUGUGAUUUGAAGAGGUGCAUGUAAUGUGGAGAUUCACUCGUUUUUUGUUUAAAUUGAGUUUGUAUUUACUUUUUAAAAACUUACCUCUAAUUUUUCAAAAUAAAGGAUUGACAAUAUCUAGGUAAAUCUGAUAUUGUAAAUAAAUUAUUGUCUUUUUAUCUUUUAGUUCCCUUUUGUCUUUUCUAUUUUUUGUUUAUUCCAACAUUAGUCUCAUCCAUUGUUGUUUUCUCCUUGGACAAAAGAACUAAUGAAGGGAAAAUAUGUCAUUAAAUCGAAAAAGUAUAUUACACUUUUAGAUUUUUAGAUAUGUGACAAGCACAAUCUAUACCUCCAAACAAUAGAUUUUUCAAAUAUAGUCAUUCAAAUAAAACAUCAAUUUAGAAUUCAUAGAUUGAUAUAAUUCAUAAAUUCAAGGGUUAAAGGUAUAAUAUGCCCCUCUACUAUGUCGUUUUAUCAAAGUAUAGGGGCAUGUUUGAUGUAAAAAAUAGUAGAGGGGCAUGUUUGAUAAAACGACAUAGUAGAGGGGCAUAUUAUACCUAUAACUCUAAAUUCAAAGAAUCACAACCUCCAAAUGACCCCUAAACAAACAUUAUAGGUAUGUGUUCUAAUGAACUCGCUUUGAUGGAUGCACACUAUGCCAUUUUUUGUUUUAGUGUUAUUGUCCUUUUGAUUCGUUUCAAAAUAAUAACAAUAUUCAAAUUUGAAUUUUGAGAAAGUCUACUUUCAAAUGUCGUUUGUAGGGCUGCUAAUGAGUCGAGCCGAGUCAAGUUUUGCCUUGUUCAUGUUCGGCUCGUGUCGAACACGAGCCGACUCAUUUAUUAAAUCUUGACACAUCAUUAAGAUCGAAAAUUCAUUUAUAUAGCAUAUGUGAUACAUAUGAUUUUUGAAUAGAGAAGGCUUAGGGGGGGCCAUAAUUCCUUCCGCUAGUCACGGAAAAGACUCAACCCAAUAAGAAGAAAAAAAGCACAUUCUAAACAAAGCAAAAGAGCAGCUACAAGAGUGAGUCAUUGAGCCAGUCAAAUCAAAGAUAAUUCAUCUGGUUCAAUGUCCAACAUUAAAAAAUCAUUUGGUUCAUCUCUUACACCCAAUCUUAAAAUAUAUUAAAGAGAUUUUAGAAACUAACCUAUUCCACGUCAGUCUUCCUACGAGUGGUGGGGAAAGACGGGGUCCACAAGGAGAGUUGGAGGUAAACUAUUAUUAUAAGUGCCAUAAUGUUGGGUUUGGGCCUUGUGGUCAUAUGUAUGCUAUUACUAGGAGUGGGGAAUGGGCAUGAUGUUUGAUCUAUUGGUAUAUAUGGGUUGACCCAUGGUAGGUCAUUGGGUGGGGUGGAUGGAUGGUGGUAGGGUGGGUGGGUUCGAUAGAUGGUUUGGUUCGGUUGAAUGGUCAAAUGAUUUUUUAUAUAUGUGAUUCAUACCAUGAACUGUAUAUCCAUGCAUACAUUUGAAAGUCGAGAGGGAGACAGAGUUAUGAUAUUACGAAAUCAAAUGACUUCAAAUGAACUAGCAAUUGUACUCGUAAUUCAUGGUUGUAGUUAGAUGAGUUCGGAUAUCAUUAGGAAAAUGAGAGGAAAUAAUAGACAUACAAAAUUAGUAAAGAUAAUGGCAGAGCAACUAGGAAUGAAUAUGAUACUUCUUCAUUGAGUUGUUUAUAUCAAAUAGAAAGAAACCCCUAACUGUUCGAUCCAUUCUAUUGACCGGAUGGAUAAAUAAUGUGAUUGAAU